UCCGGAAAAACUACUCCAAUUUUAGAAUUAAGCUAAAACUAAAUAGGGAGCGAUAAAGCGUAGCCUCGAACCAGAGCAGCCAUUGAAGUAAAGCUCAAAAUCAUCAACAAAAAAUGCAAGUAGUAUCAAAAUGCCGCCUUUUCAAUCUCCAUUUCUUCUCCAUUUCCCCUCAGUUCAUCAAACCCAAAAUCCCCUUUUACCCCCAAAUCCCCAAAAAUCCCCAAUUCAGUAUUUAUGCAUCAUCUUCAAGAACCUUUAACUCUUCUUUUUCUUCUUCUGCUUCAAUAUUGGCCAAGAAAGUACUUUUUAUGGCUCCUGGAGUUGAACCAGAAGAUAUUAAGGAAGAUAUGAUUCUACCCGGAUCCAAUAUAGUUGUCGGACCCUAUGCGGGUGAUGCAAAGAUUAAAGAGGUUGAGUUUGUGAAGAGUAGUAAUAAGCCUAAGGAUUGUCCUAAAGAUGAAAGACCUGAAUUUGCUAUGUUGGGUCGGUCUAAUGUUGGGAAAUCAUCACUUAUUAAUGCUUUGGUUAAGAAGAAAGAAGUUGCUCUUACUUCUAAGAAACCAGGGAAAACUCAGUUGAUUAAUCAUUUUUUGGUGAACAAGAGUUGGUACAUUGUGGAUUUGCCUGGUUAUGGUUUUGCUAAUGCUUCUGAAGCUGCUAGAAUGGAUUGGUCCUCCUUCACAAAAGGUUACUUUUUGAAUCGAGAUACCUUGGUGUCGGUUCUGCUUUUAAUUGAUGCUAGUGUACCUCCUCAGAAGAUUGACCUUGAUUGUGCUAAUUGGCUUGGACGCAAUAAGAUACCAAUUACGUUUGUUUUCACGAAGUGUGACAAAAUGAAAGGAGGGAAGGCAAAAAGGCCCGAUCAAAAUAUUAGAGAUUUCCAAGAGCUAAUCAGGCAGAAUUACAAUCAUCAACCUCCAUGGAUAAUGACUAGUAGUGUCUCUGGUUUGGGCAGGGACGAGCUACUUCUACAUAUGUCACAGCUGCGAAACUAUUGGAACAAUGAGUAGCUCAACUAAAGCAUCCGUGUUAUUUGUGAGGUAAGAUACUUAUCCAGGAUCUUGAAAUUUACCAUGAUAUUGAUCUUUUGGUUCCUUAGAGGUGAUGAGCAUAGUCAAAUGGAACUCAUGACACUAUUUCACGAUGAAAUGAAAAUUCUUCCCGCGCACAAUGAUAAAAUGUAUUACCAGCCUGCUUGUAACUUUCAUAUGUUACCUGCUUGUAAUGUUCGUGCCUUCAUUUAUCGUCGUUCCUUUAGUUGUCGUUGUUGCCUAUGAUGUUUAUUCUAGUGCAAUAUAAUGUAAUGGUGCUAUAUAGAAAAUUUCCUUUUUGAAA